AUGUCCGCGUCACCGAGGCCACAGCAUCCAUGCGGUGGGCAAAGCUUUGAUGACGAACUCGACGUCCAGGUCCGGAUGAAGUUCGCGCACGUGUGCGAUGGCGUCCAGCGUCUGAGCGGCAAAGCUCAUGUUUCCGGUGAUUCGGAUCCGGCUCUCGGUCUCGUGCGACGGAGUACGCCAUCGUUUCAGACUGAGGACUUGCUGCGCGAUGGGCACCAGUCGCGAUCCUGCCGGGGCCAGCGAACCGCCUGGGUCGAGCGCUCGAAGAGUGUCGCCCGAGCUCCUUCUCCAGUCGUGCGACCUGAUGGC